AUGUACUCUUGUGGUCAAAUAAUUCUUGAUUCAUCAAAUACAAGAUAUUCUACAAAUUAUAAAGUUGAUUUAAAAUUUAAUAAUCUAACAGAUUUAGUAACUGAAACCGAUAAAUUGAUCAAGGAAUUAAUUAAGUCAAAGCUAAAAGAAAAAUUUCCUGACCAUAGAUUUAUCGGUAAAGAAACAAAAGCUGCUGGACACGAAUGUGAAUUCACAAAUGAUCCAACUUGGAUUGUUGAUCUGAUAGACGGAACGACAAAUUUUGUUCAUGGUUUGCCAUUCGUUGCUGUCUCUAUCAGACUAACAAUUAACAAGAAACCGGUUGUUGGCGUAGUAUUUAAUCCAUUUCUUAAUAAACUUUUUACAGCCCGUAAAGGUCAUAGAGCAUUCCUAAAUAAUACCACUAGACUUCCACUUUCAUAUCCAAACCCACCACUUCAGUUACCUUCGUCUCUUUCUAAAUGUCUGGUAAUCUCAGAAUACGGCAUUAAUCGAUCUAACAAAAUCAUUAGCAAACAAGUCAAUACUGUUCAUAACCUGUUACGAAAGCCUGGCGCUGUUUCCUGGUCAUCUAAAAAUGCCGGUUUUGUUAGAGGAAUUAGAAGCAUUGGCAGUGCCGCUUUGGACAUUUGUUAUGUAGCUAAAGGAUGUGUUGAUAUUUAUUUCAAGGUUGGAUCAGCAGCUCUUGUUAUUCUUAAUAAAUCGGGUAGUUUAAUGGUAAAUGCUCAAGGACAUGGCAAAGGACAGGUCAACAUUUUUAGUCAUAAAUAUUUAACAAUAAGAGCUAGAACACCUUGUGAUGGCGAUAAAGAUUCUAGGCAAAGUUAG